CUGGACAAGUGAAAGAGCGAGCACGGAGACGACGCGCAACUGUGUGGUGCUUGUGCGGUCACGCGAUGGCUCCACAGGCGCUAACGCUCGUUUUCGGGUUGAUUUCAUUGCCGUUGUUUGCCGCUGUUUACCGGGGACCAUUGCAGGCUGAGAUAUCGAAUGGAACUUUUCAUCACUUCUACGUUCCGGAUGGUGAAUACGACGAUACUGAAGAUCCAGAGAAAUGCCAAAUGCUCUUCAGGUGGUAUGACCGUAGACCUUGCCCAGUGGAAGAGGACCGGGAUUCCGUUAUCCGUGAGGAUUUGAUUAUUGUCAAGCAGCAAGUUGAAGAUGCUGCGAGGACUCUGGAAAGUAUUGGGAAAACUAUAUCGUACGAUUUGGAAGGCGAAGACAGUUAUGGCAAAUACCUCAUGAGAGAGAUUGAGCAAAUCAACGAGGCUUUCACCAACGUUGAGAAAUCCCUCCUGGAACUGGAGGUGAAAGUCAAACAAAGUCAAGAGACUGAGCAAAGAGAAGAAGACGAAUUUGCGAGGAAUUUCCUCAAUCCGGUUCACAACGUCAGAAGCACACUACAAGAGACCCUGGAUAUCUCUUCUGGACUGAAGGAUAAACAUGAACUGAUCUCCCUUAUUAUUCGGAGUCAUGGGACCAGGUUGAGUAGACUAAAGAAUGAAUAUAUGAAUGUAUGAGGCUCCUUGUGACUGUACGAAUGUGUAGUCGGUUCAGUGUUUUUUUAUAUAUAUAUAUGCCCCUAUGCAAAACAAAGUUUCUACAUGGUUGUAAAUUUAGAGCUGUGCUUUCAUUGGGUUCUCUGUGUCAAGAACCACUAAUAUGACAUGUUUUUUAAUCGUUUUCCUUCCGUUUAUUAAUGCGCUAAAUUGUGCGCUUUUAAAACGUGCGCUUUCUCUUUUUCUUUUCUGUUGCCAUUAAAAUGUGAAAUGUUGUAGUAGUAUUUACUUGGUCGUAUGUAUAGCUUAUUUUUCCUUGCAAAUAUAUCGGGUAGACUACUAUUGAAUUGUUUAAUACUUUCUGGCACAGGCCUCGUCUCCACUGUCACGCUGCGCUUUAAUCGUAUGGCGUUCCACUGUCCCUCUGAAUUCCACAUUUGAUUGGUUGUGGCUCGGUGGAUUUCCAUGUGUGCACAACUGAGACGGUCUUUCUUCCAGGGUUGACCAGUUCAGAGCUGGAAUUUCCUCCUCAGCCACAUGGGUUAGGCCUAUUCCUUAGUUAAACAUGCUUACACACACCAAAUAUGAAAGGAUAUCCAUUGACUCUCCUCAACAACACUGACUGACGCGUGAGCAAGUCAACCCCCAGACCACCUCUAAGUAGCAGACAUUAACUGCCAUGGCUCGAGCCUGAGAACUGAAUUUGCCAACAGCUCCUUUUUAUAAUAACUAGGUCUGGCUCUCAUUCAAUGGCGUCUGUGGUCAGUCCAUAUGGACUUGGUUUCCAGUUUUCUUGGUCGAAAAAUGGCUGGAACUCAUCUUUGUUGGCACAACAAUUAUAACGGUUGUCCUUUUAAUUGCUACUAACGUGGAUCACUUGCAAAUAUAGGAGGGAACCAAGAACUCAAAUUGUUUGAAGAAAAAUAAAAACCUUUGAUGCUCUUCACUCACCAUGAAACCGCUUCUUGAACUACUUUAAUCAAAGGACCCCCCAGCCUUUUCAAUUUCACAGGCCCUGUUUAUUUCCUAUUUUGUACUCAUUUGUGAUUUUAAGAGGUUUAUGUUCUUAAA